GGAGGUUUUAGUCACUGGAGAUAUGGAAGAGAACUAUAUUCCUUCAGGGCAUAUUUGUAGCGCUUCUAAGGAUGAAAGGAGAAUUUUGUCCUUCAUGUGGGAGAUGUGGGGAAAGCUUUAAGGAUGUGGCUCCUCCCCUUAGCGGUAACGGGUUCCAAGCAGAACACCUGGUCUCUCCAGUCUUAGUAGUGGAGGGCAAGACUACUGAGUACUUUGGCUUAUGGAACUACAGUUCCCAAGAUGCUUUGCGACCCGUUUACCAUUUUCCUCCACUUGCUUCCUGUUGCAUCUCAUGGGAAUUGUAGUUCUUGAGAGGUUACCAUGCGCCCUUCUUGUCCAGAUGGGUAGGGGGAAAGUUUUGAGUAAUUUGGAUUUAUGAACGAGGUCCCAAGGUUCUAGUCAGGUCUUUUCGCCUCACUUAAGGAGGAGCAAAAAUAUAAAAGAAGGGUAGGGAGUUUUCUCGGGAUACCGCAGGGUUUUAGAGUGCUGGUAUUUGAACUCUCCCACUGUCAGGUCAUCCAACGUCACUUCCGCUUAGGUGCGGACACUUGCAAAAAGCUUGGCGGGAGUUGGAGAUUCUGAAGCUAGGGCACCAGUUUUGGCGGUCUGGGAGUUCUGUGUAGGUAGGGCAAGAGAUGGCAAAUUGAAUAUACUUUAAUUGCGUUUUAAGAAAAGAGUUGGUAAGAGUCGGGCGUCGUGGCUCAUGCCUGUCACAGCAGGAAGCCGAAAGAUCGCCGCGAUUUCUCAGCCUGCGCUUCAGAGCUCAGCAUGCCUGCAGCUGGUGACAAAAAGAAGGCCCCCACGCCUCAGAGUUCUCCUUUAACAAGCGAACCAUAUACACAGCUGGAUUUUUUACCUGACAAGCUCAGAGAAAAGCUGCUCCCAUUCCAAAAAGAUGGCAUAAUUUUUGCCCUCAGAAGAGAUGGCAGGUGUAUGGUGGCUGAUGAAAUGGGGCUUGGGAAGACAAUCCAGGCAAUUGCAGUGGCUUACUUCUACAAGGAGGAAUGGCCCCUGCUGAUAGUCGUCCCUUCAUCUCUGCGGUACCCGUGGGCGGAAGAACUAGAGAAAUGGAUCCCAGAGCUCGAGCCAGAGGAAAUCAAUAUUAUCAUGAACAAAACUGACAUUGGGAGAGUAUCGACCAGCAGGGUGACAAUUCUAGGCUACGGUCUCAUAACCACAGAUGCAGAGACUUUGACAGAUGCACUGAACAGCCAGCACUUCAGAGUUGUGAUAGUGGACGAAUCGCACUACAUGAAGUCCAGAACUGCUGCCCGCAGCAGGAUUCUCCUGCCCCUGGUACAGAAAGCCAGGCGAGCCGUUCUGCUUACAGGAACCCCAGCUCUGGGCAGGCCUGAGGAGCUUUUCAUGCAGAUUGAGGCUCUCUUCCCACAAAAAUGUGGAAGUUGGAUCGAGUACGCUAAAAGAUACUGCAAUGCCCACAUCAGGUACUUUGGUAAAAGGCGUCAGUGGGAUUGCAGAGGAGCAUCGAACCUUAGUGAACUCCACCAGCUGCUAAGUGACAUGAUGAUCAGAAGGUUAAAGAGUGAAGUUUUGAGCCAGCUGCCCCCUAAAGUCAGACAGCGCAUUCCCUUUGACCUGCCGCCAGCAGCAGUCAAGGAACUGAAUGCCAGCUUUGAAGAAUGGCAAAAAUUAAUGAGAGAUCCAAAUUCAGGUGCCACGGAGACGGUUAUGGGGUUGAUAACACGCAUGUUUAAACAGACUGCAAUUGCCAAGGCAGGUGCGGUGAAGGACUAUAUUAAGAUGUUGCUUCAGAAUGAAUCACUUAAAUUUCUGGUCUUUGCUCACCAUUUAAGUAUGCUCCAAGCUUGCACAGAAGCAGUCAUCGAAAACAAGGCUCGUUACAUCAGAAUAGAUGGAAGUGUUCCAUCUUCAGAGAGGAUUCACCUGGUUAAUCAAUUUCAGAAGGACCCCAAUACUCGUGUGGCUAUCCUGAGCAUUCAGGCUGCUGGCCAGGGUUUAACGUUUACAGCUGCCAGUCACGUGGUCUUUGCUGAGUUGUACUGGGACCCUGGACACAUCAAGCAAGCUGAAGACCGUGCUCACCGCAUUGGACAGUGCAGUUCCGUGAAUAUUCACUACCUUAUUGCAAAUGGCACUCUGGACAGCCUCAUGUGGGCCAUGCUGAACCGAAAGGCCCAGGUCACUGGGAGCACACUGAACGGCAGGAAGGAGAAACUCCAGGCUGCAGAAGACGACAAGGAAAAGUGGGCUUUCCUGCAGUUUGCCGAAGCAUGGACCCCAAGUGACAGCUGGGAAGAGCUCAGCAGGGAUGCUGUGUUCACUCACUUUGAAAAAGAAAAACAACAUGAUAUCCGAUCAUUCUUCUUACCAAAACCGAAAAAGAGACAGUUGGAAACAUCCUGUGACGAGUCAAAGGCGUUCAAGGAGAAGACUGUAGUGGCCUCAGGCCCUAGGGAAGUGGCUGUGAGUGACUGCAUUGAUGAUGGAAAUGGUUCUGAGCCCGAAACCAAAAGAUUGAAGUCACUCAGCACCAAGGACCACCGCAGUGCGCUGGAGGAAAGACCGUCCCUUCAAGCCGGAGCCUCGUCCGGGGAAGGUGUCCACCAGGUCAAGCCCCCGUCGGCCUCACCAGCCCUUCUUCCUAGGAAGGGCUGGCCCUGUGGCUUCUGCACGUUCAUCAAUGACUCAGCCCUUCCUCACUGUGAGAUGUGUGAGAACCCUCGGGGCAGAGCUGCUGGCCUCAGCCAUGUGGAGGAUGCCAACAAAAAGGAGGAGGUUGAUUCUCAGAAAAACACCUCCAAACAGGACCAGGCUAGUUUGGACUGUGUAAAACAACCCCCUGGACAGCCAGAACCUGAGCAGUCGGCUAAUAGCAAGGAAGAAACACUGGAAGGAGAGAGGGAAGACAGAGUGACGUCCCAGGCAGGGAAUGAGCAGUUGAAUAACCCAGGCACCCUGCCAGUGUGUGAGACCUUCAUGUUUUGUGCAAGUAAGAACACAGACCGGAUCCACCUCUAUACCAAGGAUGGGAAACCGAUGAGCUGUAAUUUCAUUCCUUUGGAUAUAAAAUUAGACCUUUGGGAAGACUUGCCAGCAAGCUUUCAACUAAACCAGAGUCGCUCACUGAUUUUGAGGUUUGUCCGAGAAUGGAAUAGUCUGACUGCCAUGAAGCAGAGGAUGAUCAGGAAAAGUGGACAACUGUUCUGCAGCCCAGCCCUGGCCUUGGAAGAGAUCACAAGACAACAGGCCAAAGGAAACAGUGCUAAAAGAUACAUCACUAAAGAAGAUGUUGCCAUGGCCUCCAUGACCAAGGUGAAAACUGAUGGGGGCCACAUCCGUCUGAUCACCAGGGAGCCCAGGCCGCAGGACCCUUCUUCAAAUUGUAGAGAGCUUGACAGAGCCUGCGUCCCGUCUCUGAACCCCGGCCCAGCUGAUCUCACUGUGGAGCCAUCCCCAUCCAAAGGCUACAUCCAGGCUGUGGAUAAGGAAGGCAGGCCGCUCUGUCUCCGCUGCCAGCAUCCCACCUGCCAGGCUGAGCAGGGGUCCAAAGCCAGCGCCUGGGACUCACGGUUCUGCUCCCUGAAAUGUCAGGAGGAAUUCUGGAUCCGAUCCAAUAACGGCUUCCUGAGAGCCCAGGUGUUUGCUGUAGAACAUGGUGUGUGUCAGCUGUGCGGUGUGAAUGCCCAGGAACUCUUUCUGCGAGUGAGAGAUGCCCCUAAAAGUCAGAGGAAGAAUCUUCUAGAUGCUGCCUGGACUGCGAAGCUCCCAUUGGAGCAGCUAAAUGAAAUGCUGAGGGACCCGGGAGAAGGCCACUUCUGGCAGGCGGAUCACAUCAAGCCGGUGUAUGAGGGGGGAGGACAGUGCUCCCUGGACAACCUGCAGACACUCUGCACAGUGUGCCACAGGGAGAGAACUGCCCGACAAGCCAAGGAAAGGAGUCAGGCGAGACGACGCUCCCUGGCAUCAAAGCACGGAUCAGACAUCACUCGGUUCCUGGUGAGGAAGCAGAGCGAGGUGUAAACAGAGCGAAUGGCCUGCAGGUAGAGGGGUUCGACACGAUGUCUCUUCAUGUUUCUCUAGUAUUUUAACAGUGAAAAGUUUUUAAACAUAAUCAAGAACUGAAAUUUAGAUUUUGUGCUUAAGUACCUAGCAGAUGCUGAGGUGUGACCAGAAGCAUUUCUGUGGUCUUGUGACUUCAUGCAGAUUGUCAAUUAUGUUUCAGCAAGAUUUUGUUCAGCUUUUGUUUCCCCUAAUACACUUUCAUCCCUGCAUUGUGCAUAGAUAACAUGUGAUAAAUAUAUUCCCAAUCACUGGACAAUUGCUUCUUGAUUUGUCUUGCUUCUGGAUUGUGUAGAACAUUCCAGAAAAGUCCGGGAAAUUUUGGAGGUAAGCCAUCAUUACUACGGAAUUCUGGGCAGACCACGACCAGCCUGCUUCCUGUACAAGAGCCUCCAAAAUGGGCUUGGGUGUGUGUUUUGGAUGUUGCCUUCUUUUGGGCCAGGCAUCUUUAUUGAAAAGAUACUUCCAUAAAUAAAUUAAUUGUAACCAUGGGA